UCAAUUGCGCUUUCGCGAACUGGACAGUGUUCAGUAGAGUGGCAAAACGACUGAACAAUUUCUGUACAACAUCAGUGAACAAAAUAAAACUAAUUCUGUCCACUGAACAUUUUUGGCUGCCUUCAAAAUCGACUGAACAACACUCAACAUCGCUGAACAAGACUGGACAAGGUGGCAAAACGACGCAACAUUUACGCUGGACAUUUGUCCAGUGCAUGUUCAGUGAAAAUGUCCAGUCGUUUUGCCGGGACUUUAGACGGGAUUUCUAAAGCAAAGGAAACAUUUUAUUGUAAUUCUUUCUAAUCUCAAUGGUUGCAUAGAAUUUUAGCAGGCGGCUUCUUGGAAGCGAUGCCGAGAACAAUGCGAAGGUAUCCUUGAGGAUUUAAUUUUCAUUGCCUUUUGAUUUAACACACUGGCACCGAAAUUCAGGCUUUGUCUGUUGCCAAGUCAUGCGACUCUAAUGAAACUGUUUAAUCACCUUGUGACUAUUGUAGAAUGCACAUGAAUAUUGGGAUUUACAAGGGACCUGUAACAUUUGCGUUUCUACAAACAAUCAAUUGCAGUUUCAAUUCCUGUUUGAUGGAAUCGUGAUUAUCGAUUUGGUGUGAAAAACUCUGAGUCAUUGGACGCUGGUUUCUGUCUUAAGAUGAUAUCAUUUGGAGAAUUUUGUGUGUACGAAAUAGGCCCUCGAAUUGGUUAACCUUUCUUGCAUGGAUUUCAUAAUUGAAGAUUGACUUGCGAAGUUUUCCAGAAAAUCUGAAUAAAUCAACAAACUCGGACACCACAAAACGACAUUUGACUGCGAGAUGGAGUUCGGAACAUACUGUGUUAAUCGAGAAACUUUUGGAAUUUCAAUUAAUAAAGAAAUACUGAAACCAGUGAACACAACAAAUUGUUCUAUGUUUCAUGACAGCAAUAACAAAGACCUGUUUUCGCUUCCUUUGCGAAUUGUCAUCGGUGUGUCCUGGUUAAUAGUCGUCUUGAUUGGAACUGUGGGAAAUACGUUAGUCCUCUUCGUUAUUGGCUAUGUAAGAUCAAUGAGGACCAUUCCGAACUGGCUUUUGUUUAAUCUUGCAAUCGCAGAUGGCCUCAUGACAAUCAUCGCCUUGCCGAUCCUUGGUUUAUUUCAAACCGUGUACUACCCCGUCUGGGAGAUGCCGUACUGGAGUUGUUACGUACUGAACUGUUUCACUCACAUCGGUGCCCUUGCAUCUGGUUCAUCUUUAGCAAUCAUUUCAGUACAUCGUUUCAUAAUGAUCAGGUAUGCAAGGAAGAUACACAUCACAAAGAAGCAUCUCAUCGUAGCGAUUGUUCUCAUUUGGUUAAUUGCAAUCGGUGGAAGCGUCAGCUCAAUGAUGAGUGCGGGUGUUAUUGGACUUGUCCGGCCUAUAUCCGGAUCCUUGCGUCUGACAAGACUUUGCAUACAAGUUAACCCAACAGAGUCAAGAGAAAAUUUCCAGCUUUCCUUUCGACUUACCAUGUACAUCGUUUUUGCUUUGUUUCUGUUUUUACUGUACUCCAACAUCGGAUUGUUUAUCUACAGAAGCAAAGCUCCAGGCCACCAGAUGACAACUAACAAAUCUGAAGCUAGAAAGCUACAAGCAGUAAGAAUGCUGGCCACUGCAACAGCAGUCAUGAUUAUUUCCUACUUGCCAUAUAUGGUCUUAGUAGGUUUGACGUUAUUUGCAAAACCAGGCUACUUCAGCGAUGUGUUUGCGAUUGAAAUUCUUUGUAAUAUAUUCAGCGGUCUGAAUCACGUCGUCAAUCCAUUUAUAUACUGUGCAUUUAGCUCAAAUUUUAGCGAGGCGUUCAAGAAGUUCUUUAGACGGAUAAAAAACAGGAAAGAGGACAUCGAUGCCAGCAGCAAGGGAACGACUAAAGUGAACUUGAAAAAGGUAUCUAGCAUUGGACUGCUCGGGAAAAAAGGGAAUAUGAUUAGCGGAAAUGACGUCAGUGUAAAUAGUGAAUCCAAGACUCUACCUGCAGUAGCUAGCCAGAUAACACUGAAUAGUUUUUUAGAAGAUUCUUUCGAACAAAUGACAGGACAGGCAAAUGAAUCAAUUUGUGUAGACUCAAAGCUUUGAAACAAUACUUAUAACAGAAUGUUUAUCCGAAUUAACAAAAUUAACAGAAUUAACAAAUGAAAUUUUUGUCUUUUUUUGGUUGUUACUCGGGCUAACGGGUAAAGUCUGUCACGAAUCAUUCUUGUCAAUCAAAAAUAGGAACCGAACGCCAGAAGCAAAGGAUUCAUUUUCUUUUACUCUAAGUCAAAACUCUUAGGAUAAUUAGUUAUCUAUUAAGCUUGGUUUCCACUAUGGGUUAACGUGAGAUAAUUCUGAGCUAAAUUGAAAAUUAACUCAUGGUCUAAAUUCAAGUUAACUUGAGAUAGUGUGAAAUAGCGUGAGAUAAUGCGAGCUAUCUCAAAAUUAACCCAUGUACCGAUUCGGUUUCCACUUGAGAUAGAAUUAAGUAUUGAAAUUUCAGUAAUCACAUUUUAUUUGAGUCUUGCAGCUAUGGCGGGCGUCUUACAAGAACAACUUAUUUUACUUCUGCUUUUGAGAAUACUUAGAAGGAAAAUAUUUUUUGCUAGAAGUGCCGUUCGCGAUCUGCGACAAGGUUUUCGGUACGGAGAGUCUACCAAAAAAGAUAUGCGUUUGGUGAAUACGACCACUUGCAACAGGAUCUUAGAAGUGAGAUAAUGUUUCUUUUAUUUCACAAUUAAUUUUUUUUAGUGAAGAAAACUGUUUUCAACAUCUAAAGUAAUACUCAGUGCAAGUGCGUUGCGUAAGAACCUCAGUGCAAAUUAUAGCACAUUCCCCUUCCACGCAUCGGCUUCUUUUGAUAAGAUGUUAUCUCAAGUUAACUCAUGAGCUUGAAAUCAAACAAUUUUGUUUCCAAGCUCAUGAGAUAACGUGAGUUAACACGAGUUAAUUUUCAUGAGAUAAUUUUUAAUGACCGUUUCCACUAUGAGAUAAUUUUUAAACCAUGUCAGAUCACAAAAUUAUCUCAAAUUAACUCACGUUAACUCAUAGUGGAAACCAAGCUUUAGCUACUGAAUCCUGGCCUUUGCAUUUUUGAUCUCUUAACUACUAGCCCUUCAAAAUUUCAAGCGUAUUUUUCAUAUUUAAAGUGGUGCACCCGCUGAUAACAGGCUAUUCGUCAUUGAUAAUGGAAAAGCGACGACAUUUUGAAGUUCUAUUUUUAGAAUUAAUAAAUUUUAUGAUAAAAUUUAAAGGAUGCCAUAAAAUAAAUGUGAAUAUAGUAAAUUAAGUGAGACGUAUGAAAUCUCAAAUUACAGACCCGCAGCUAACUCAAUUUUGCAUAACAAUUCCUGACGAUCUGGAACGGUAUAACAAUUCCUGACGAUCCUGGCAAAAUAGAUAUUGGCAAAAUCACGUCUUUGGAAAUUAUGGAAGGGGGCACCAGCCUCGCAGCUCUCUGUUCGCUACACUCUUAAUAGAGCAGGAGAUUUGAUAAGAACCGGAUAAUUACUCAGAUUUGAUAAGGAAAGUGCCGGUAAGUUGAGUAGAUCAUAUUGAACCGAAUACUUUGUCUACCUGACUGUAAGAGCUCUCCAACGAAGUUACGUUAUAAUAACAUACAUCUAAGACGUCAAAGACGGGCAACCUUUAGGACUUGAGGCAAAAUUAACGACGUUUCCAGCCCCAGCGGCAGGGCCGAGACUACCGAAUUCAUGUUUAAAGUUACUAGAAGAAACGCGCAGAACCUUUAUGUUGAUUAUAUGAAUUUUUGUGAAGUUUCUUGUUGAUGAACAUCAUCAGGGCCUCCGACGAAGGGGGGCCGGGGAGCCAAGGCCCUCCCAUUUUUUGCAAGACAAUAAAAAAUUUUCAAAAUCAUUUGUUAUGGGUGUUAAACUUUCCCUACCCCCCCCCUUUCUUUAAUUUCAUAGCUUGAGAUACCUCGAAAGACUUCUAUUUUAUAUUCCAUCUAAUACUCUUCUGAAAAAGCUCUGACCACUAAAAAUUUGCUGACAGGCUAUUGCUGGCAUUGACUGAACACUUUUUUAGUUGUCUAAGCUGUUACUUCAAAGAACGGUUUUUAAUUUUGUUUAGCCUGCCGUCGUUUCAUCAGGAAUCAAAUCUUCUCCUAUUCAUUAUCCCAAGUUGUUUCUCGAACGUAGCGAUUUUCAGUGAUGUUAAAUGCUGCAUGAAUCAUUAAUAGAAAUGCUAACAAGAUUCACUUUUCUGGUUUAUACUUUAAACAAAAGGGUCACAGUUUGUCUUAAACUCACACGGGGCGCCAGUGUUUAGAAUGUUUUUGCAAAUGAGGUCUUCAACGUGAUAUCAAUCAGCUAAUACACACUUACUAUAACAUCUUAGUAGACCCCCUCUGUUGGGAAAUUAAUAGACAUAUCGGGCUGCUAAUUUUUCUUGGGUUCAAAAGCUUAGCAUUUACAUCAAUCACAUUGCUACGAUGUGCUGGAUGCGGCGAUCUUACUGAUUAAGAUAAGAAUCGACCCCAUGAGGUUAUAAACUUGUUUCUGGUAGAGAAACUCACGUAAUUUUCCAUUUUUUAAGACCCCGGACCUAUUUCAUCAUGCUUGAGAAGUCUUAUGAAGGCUAAAGGGCUAAUCAAAUUCAAUUAAAAUAGCAAUUAAGACAUUUGUUCCAAUAAGUUUUGCUUUCGAAUCUAUGUUGAAACCUGCUAAAAGUGCAGCUAUUGUUAGUUUUCUUCUGCAAGCAAUGAAACACAAUCACCGGAACUUUAGAACUUUUCUAUACGGCGUUGCAUGUUCGUUUUCGGAGUUUCUACUCUGAAAUUAGCUCAACUUUGUAAUAAGAAAAAAUAAAUAUUUGUGGAUAUUGGUUGAUAGAGGGCAUUCAUAUGAUUUCUUUAAGCCGUGCGGGCUGAAAAUCGAGUUUUUCUACAAACAGUGGAAAUCAUAUAACAUAGGCAUAUUUGAAUAUCUAUCUUUGGGUAUAGUACGGAUACACCAUAAAAACGGCGAAUGUCUUUUUUUAAAAUAUGGGGCUAAAGAAUCGGCUGACGCCAAUGCCAAAGCAACAACCCUAUUUUAAGUCCUUAAGUAAUUUGAGCAUUCCAAAAUGAACUUCUUUCUGUUGAAUCUCUUUUCCAUCAAUCAAAGAUUCAGACGCUUGACCAAUUUCUCCUCCUCUCUUGAUAUGUGGGCGCAAAAAUUUUCUCCUUUUCUUGCCGAGGUGUGUUUGAAAAUAAAUGCAUGCAAAAUAAUUUUUAAUGAGGAUAAGUAGCCUGAAUAUUUUAACUUUUUGCCAUUCACCAAAGUCACCAAACAUGUUUGUAAAAUAUAAUUAUAAAUGUUUAUGCAACAAGAAGUAAAUUCUUUAUCAUUUAACUGAAGCUGUCUAUGGCAAAUGUAGGAGGCCUCCUUCAAGACCUAUGCUAAUAAAUCAGUAUUCUUAUAUCAGAUUUGAUUAGGCUUAUAGUAUGUUUUCACUUAGUUAAUAAAUAAGUUGAAAAAAAUGACAAUGUGAUAAAUAGCCAAAGCAAUCCACAGAAUUUCUAAGAUGUUUGGAAGAGUAGUGACAAAACAGAAUCAAUUUCAUAGAGCAAAAGAAUGACUGAACAUAUCUAAUUUUCUUUGAAUUAUUCAUUAUUCACUAUGCACAACUUUGAAAAUAAUUUACAAAGUCUACUUCGCCCAUGAAUUGUGAAUAACUGGAGCAGGUCUUUGCUGCCAAGAAGGAUGUUUUUUUGGCUUUGAAAAUGACGGAAGAGCUGGAAAGUCAGAGUCAAUAUGAGUGUCCAUAUGACUUGCAACCUCCUUUCGCGUUAUAGUUUCUCCACAUUCUUUGCAAGUGGUAAAAUCCUUAUCUUGUCGCUUCUUUACAGCUAAGGAAGGCUGAUUAGCAGCUUCUGCGGAAGAUUUUGUAGCAUUGUUGUCACUCUUUCUACUACUCUCACUUAGUAUUGACCCAUUUGCCUCUGUCCAGGCUGACUUUGGUUCUGCAGGAACAGCAUGUUUUCUGAUUUGACCCAUUUCUUCCCCCUUUGUGAGAAUUGGGAACAUUUGCAUGCCAAUAUGUAUCUUCCAUAACUGUUUUUGUUUUCCUUUGUCAGGCAGCAAUUCAACAAGUUCACUAAAAACAAGAUCCAGAUUUUUACCAAAAAGGUCUUGCGUACUUUUAUAAUAUUCAGUGUCUGUUAUGUCAGACCUUCGAAAACUUCCACUCAGUUCCCUAAAUUUGGCAAAAUUUUCCUCGCUCAGUAAACUUCUUAUCAAACCAACCAAAGCUGCAUUUCUUUCUUUUGCAUCUUCAGGGUUUGAAUUCUCAAUAUUUGACACUUUGCUUUCUGAAUUGAACCCAGGAGGUAGUUUCUUAGUUACUGUAGGUUCUGAGAUUCCCACUGAAAGCCCUUGUUUACUGAAUCCUGGAGGUAGAUUCUUAGUUACUGGUGGUUCUGAGUUUCCCACUGAAAGGCCUGGUGGCACCUUUUUCUGUCCUGAUGAUGCUCUGUUUAUUCCAGGUGGAGGUUUGACACUUUUUUGCAUUUCCGAUGUCUGUUUUUUAUCAACAUGAUCUGAUUUCUGCUUUUGCAUUACUUUGGCUUUCUUUUUAUCACUUUGAUCAAUACCAUUAACAACAUUUUGGCUUCCAUUAUGUUGCCGCAUUGAAGAGGAAUCUUUGGGUUGUGCACCAGUUCCACUGUGUUCACCAAGAGGUGGAAAUGCAGCAUCAUAACGUUUUCCUUCUGGGUUACUCCUAUGUGUACCCACAUUACCUUUUGACUUAGAUCUUAAAGGCUCAGACUUCUUAGAAUGAGUCCCGAUCCUAUCAGCCAUGGUCUUUGUUUUCUUCUCCACAUCAUUAUUUGCUUGUGAUGGUUGGCUGCUUGGAAGAAAUGGCGUUGCAUCAGCACUCAAAGGACUUGUUGACUUGACAUUCUGUCUAGAUGCUUCAGAAAUUACAGCAUUCUUGUUAAUGCCAUCAGAUUCUUCAUCAGAAGGACUAAAAAAUAAGCAGAACACACCUAAUUAUUUUCAUUGUUCCAAAGAUGUCAUGGGUUAAAAUUUCUGGAUAAAAUUUAAUUAAUGUUGUAAAAAGCAAAUACAAAAUCAGUCCUGUUGUGUUUUUAAUGCACGCACAGUAACACAGUUUGAUUAUUUUUUUCUUGUUUGUUUCUUUCAAUUUAUUGUUAAUUUUCUUUAAAGUAGCUUUUAAUUUCGUUUUAGUUCAUUUUUUUCAUUUUUUCUUGAACCAUUCCCAUUACUCCCGUUCUACUUUGAUUUGGUCAUGAGGUCUCCAUAAAAAUCGUAAGGUCUCCAUUUUAUGGAUUGCAUGCCAUCAACAGAACAAACCUUAGAUAAGUGGAACCCUUAAAAAACCUAUGAGAAAGAGGAGUGGAAAAUAAGGUUUGGGAAAGAAUUCAGCAGUAUUAAAUAAAUGACAACAAUAGCAUAUGAACCAAAUAAAGCGAAUUUAUUUAUGUUUCUCUAGAUAAGAAUUAGCCAAUGAAACUCGAAGAGAAACUUUAGAACAGUGACAGAAAGAUAAGCUUUAACAAGUAAAGAAGGAAAACUACUAGAUAGAACAGAAAUGUCUAUGUCAAUAUUGAUGCUGAGUCAUACUUUAAAAGAGAAAAAGCAAUAAAGAUAUAACAGCAGAGGCAGGUGUGGUAGCAAUAAUAGAGAAGAUAAGAGCAAACUAGAAUGAAGCAGCUUCCACACUUCUUGAGAAGGAAACUGUGGAGAUACUUGAUAAAAGGUUGGCUGACAGACAGAGAAUUGGAUGAAGAGAUGCAUUGGAGAAGGAGAUAUUGCAAUGUUAAAAUUCUGAAAUAAAGAUGCAGAAGAUAGAGAGAGAACUGUGGAGACAACAUAUGAGAGCAAUGGACCCCUUCAUAGAUUGAGGCAAAAAAGGAGAAGAAGAUUACUUGAAAAUAUCAGAAUUUAAAAAUAUAUACAUGAAAUUUUUACUGUGGGAACAAAAAUUCUAAGAACAAAUUAUGAUUGUGUGGUUUUUAAACUCAAUAUAGGUAUCAAGUUAUAAAAUAUAUUUUGUCGUAUAACGCCAGGCCUGGUUGUGAGCAUUUUAGCAGGCAAGCAGCACAUCGCUCUCCUCAGUAAAGUCAGGCAGGCAAUUUUUAGUCUCUUGAAAAUUGUCACUUAAAGUGUAUGAAUAAACAACAGUCUUUAACAGCUAGGUUUACAAAACAAGAUGGCAAUUCUCCAACAGAAAUAAAACGAUAGUUUCGUAUAGUCGCAAAUCAACAACAUUCUCACUAACAAGAUUUGAACAGAACCCAAAUAAAUCACAUAGUGUGAUUUUGAUAUAACAUUAGUACAAACUAGCAUUCAUUUGAAAACUAUUUUGAUGUUCAAGUACUUGAAGGCUUUUUAUUUCCGAGUUCGUUGUCACAGGGACAUACAAGUAUUCUAUUAAGGCUACAGUAAACGUUUUCUGGAUGAAAACAUUCAUUUUUCGAUUGUUUCACAUACAAGUAGCCGAACUUUCAAGGCACACAGUGAUACCAAGUUUGAAACUAAGAAAAAUUUUGAAAAUGGAAAAAAUCCCAUGUAAACGAAGGUUUCCAUAAUAACUUCUUUAUCAAAACUUUUAGUUUAGGUCUGAAAAUUGCUUGACCUGUUAAGCAGAUUAUCGUUGCUUUACGGUGGUCGCAUGUCUCAUUUACAAUAUCACAUGGCACAUCCAUGUAUCCCAUGUAUGGCAUGUUUAUUUAGGCAGGCUUAAGAUCUUAAAGCUUCAAGUAACUUGACCCGGAUUAGACUGUUGUUUACGAGUGUACCCUGCAAGUGCUAUCAGUAAAAUCCCAUUUUCUCAGGACUCACAAUUCCUCUAUAUACAGGUACCAAAAAGCUAUUUUGUACCCAAGGAACCAAUUGAAUUGCUCAAAAAUUAGCACACGACCAGGACAGAUGUUGGGUAAACAAAGUGUGUCUCAAGAUUUUUUUAUUUUCUCUGGUCCGUCG